AUGAGCUCCGCGGGAGAGCCCGGCACCGGCACCGGCAGCUUCCCCCUGCACGCCCUGGUCUGGCACAACGACUACCGGCGGCUGGAGAAGGCGCUGCACUCCCAGGAUGUGGAGCAGCGCGAUCCUCGUGGCCGGACCCCCCUGCAUCUUGCUGUUUCACUGGGAUACAUCGAGUCUGCCAAAGUCCUGCUGCGGCACAAGGCAGAUGUCACCAAGGAGAACGCUUCAGGAUGGACGGUCUUGCACGAGGCAGUGAGCACCGGGGAUCCUGAGAUGGUCCACUUGAUCCUGCAGCAUCGGGAUUAUCAUCAAACGUCCACGACCCUUGGUGGGGUCCCAGAACUGCUCCAAAAAAUUAACAAGACUCCAGAUUUUUACGUGGAAAUGAAGUGGGAAUUCACCAGCUGGGUUCCCCUGGUCUCCCGAGUCUGCCCCAGCGACGUCUGCCGCAUCUGGAAGAGCGGGGCAAAGCUGCGCGUUGAUAUCACCUUGCUCGGAUUCGAAAACAUGAGCUGGGAACGGGGAAGGCGCAGCCUGAUCUUCAGGGGGGAAGAUACUGGGAACUGGGCAGAGCUGAUUGAGGUGAACCACGACGAGAAGGUGGUUGCGACAGAGCGCUUUGAAAUCACCCAGCAGAUCCAGCGCCUGACCUUGGACUCCAUGACCCCCAAGAGCAAGGAGGUGGAGAGGCGGCUGACCUCCCCCAUCAUCAGCACCUCGCUGGAUACCAGGAACAUCGCCUUCGAAAGAAAUACAUCCGGCUUCUGGGUCUGGAGAACGGAGAAGUCCGAAGUGGUUAAUGCUUAUGAUGCAAAGGUCUACACGGCAAACAAUGUGAAUGUGGUGACCAAGAUUCGAACAGAGCACCUGACUGAAGAGGAGAAGAGGCGAUACAAAGCUGACAGAAAUCCUUUAGAAUCCUUUCUGGGCACCAUUGAACAUGAGUAUGGCGCGCAGCAGGACCUUACAACAGAAUACGCCACGACAAACAACCCAACGGCCAUCACCCCAGAGGAGUAUUUCAACCCAGACUUCGACCUGAAGGACAGGGACAUCGGAAGGCCCAAAGAAGUCACCGUUCGGACUCAGAAGUUUAAAGCAACGCUGUGGAUGUCGGAAACGUUUCCUCUCUCGCUCGUGGAACACGUCACUCCCAUCAUAGACCUGAUGGCCAGGACCAGCGCCCAUUUCGCUCGACUCAAGGACUUCAUCACCUUAGAAUUUCCCCCUGGAUUUCCCGUCAAAAUAGAAAUCCCCUUGUUCCAUAUUCUGAAUGCCCGGAUUACCUUUGGCAACGUGAACAGCUGCAGCACCAUUGAAGAAGCGUCGCCCGAGACCCUGGAAGGGGCCCAGCAACAGCCAGCCUCUGCCUUUGCCGUGGACCAGUCUGUCUUUGAGAUCCCCAAAUCCUACCGCAUUCAGGACGACGGCAGAAACGUGCGUGUACAAGAUGAAGACAACGAGAUCAUGCAGUUUGCCAUUCAGCAGAGCCUGAUGGAGUCUGGCCAGAACAGAGAGGCCUUGAGCGCCACCUCCAACGGGGCGGUUUCCUACUCGCGGGACCUCAGCCUUCAGUAUCAGAGAGCCUUGCAGGAGAGCUUCCAGGCGAGCAGCCCCACCCCUGUGGCCCCCCCACUGAGGGAUUCCUCCAGUUUCGACCGGGAUUUGCAGCUGGCCAUGGAGCUUUCCGUCAAAGAGCAGCAGGAGCUGAAGCGGCGGCAGGAGGAGGAGGAAGCUGAGUUGCAGCAAGCUCUCCAGCUCUCCCUCCUGGAGAAUUAGGUGGCAGGGCCAGAAAGGGAUGCUGGAGCAGCUCACAGCAGCCUGGAGAACUGCAGCGGCCCCCGAACACGAGAUCGCUUUCCGUGGUGCAAGGCAGAGGCUGGAGCCUUCCCUUUGCCACCCUCCUGCGCGGUGCAAAGCUCAGGCGGAACGAGACCCUUGGCACUGCCUGUACUUCUGUGACCCAGAUGCCUUCCUGAAAGGACAGGUGGAAUCUUUGCAGGCCAUCGUGCCACUGGAGAGGAAGACAACUGAGGUGGCCAUAGGAGGGUCACCUUGCUUUCUACCAAAGAGAUAUGCAGCCCUCCCAGUAUUGUGGAGCUGUGGGGGUCCCAUGCCGCACGGUGCUUCUUUGGCAGGAAUUGGGGAGGGGGCUGCUGCACAGGACUUCUCUUCCUCCCAGCUGUCUGCCUCUCCAAGGCCAUUCCAAACCAGCCCAUUCUUUCACUCCGAGGCAAGAGUCUCUAGCUCUGACUGGUGCUUUGUACAGCUUCCUUUCAGGUUGUUUUUAAAGUCACUUACGGAAGACUUCCUCUGGGAUGAAUUCCUGUGGCCAAGGGAGUGAGUGAGGCGGCUCCCACUUGUGUUCCUUUUUGGGCUGCCCACUGCCACGCCCGCCGCCUCCCAGCACUCACACUUCCUUUGAAGAUGAGCGGCUGCAAGGGCUAGCCUCUUCCAGCGUCCACAUUGCCUUCCUCUCGGAGGUCGUGCUGCCCUGCUUGUCCACCCGGGGGGCUGGGGAAGUGCUUCCCCUCCCCUGCAUUCCAGUAGCAAGUCCAGCAAUCUCUCCUUGCCUUCCCAAGUCACCCCAAGACAAGGAGGGUGCCUUCGCCAUGUCUUCCCAGCUCUUUCAGGAGGAAGACAGAGGGGGAUGGUGCAGUUGGGGGCAGGACCAGGCCAGAUCCCUUAAUUCUGUGCUUGGAGUCAAAGGGGCUUUUCUUUUUUUCUGGCGCAGUCUCUGGUGCACUUGCCAGAGAGCUCUCCCCGUAGCUGCUGGGCACUGCAAUGCCAAGGGCAGCCUGGACAUUAUGAGCAGAGGCUGCACCUCUAGCGCUUGAGUCCCACCUCAGACUGUGACCCCCCCCCCCAGUUCCGGUCCUUCUGCAGUGGACCUGCUGGGGGAUGGCCGAGCAGCAGGCUCUGGCGCAGGGCUCAGGGCAGUUCGCAUUGAUCUUUUUUUUUUUGGACCCUCUUCUGUUAUGCCAGGCACCCCGGGCCCUCCUCCUCGCUUUCUCGGGACAUGCCCAGGCAAGUGGGCCAAGCUCUUGCAAUGUGUUUGUCACACAGACACACCCCUCCCCAGAAGCUUUGUUUCUCUUGCAAAUAAAGUGCAUGGCUCCUUUGACAAAA